AUGAAGUUAUAUAGAUGUGCAGGAGAUAUUGUAUUUGAUGAUACCCAGCCAUACCCAGGCCAGACAAGCAGUGUUAUACUGAAAAAUCUUUCAGAAACUUGUAAUUUCUUACAAUACCUAAAACCCCUCAGUCCAAGACAUCCUCAUUUUUGUGCUCAAAUUAGAUCUCUAGCAUCUAAUAGUAAGAUAACUCUGGGUAUUGCUGGUCCUGAUAUAUCAGAAGGUUCUCAUCCUGGCAAUUGGAAUAAUACAGUUGGUUACCAUAGUGAUAGUGGUAGAUGUUAUACAUCACAUAGUGAAAUAGCUAAUACCACAGGAGAAAAAUUUGGAAUAGGUGAUAUUUUUGGUGUACAGAUAACAUAUUUUGGACUAACUAAAUGCACAGUUGUAUUUUCAAAAAAUGGACGUCCUGUUGCCACCAGGUAUUUAUUUGAAAGUAAUCAAAAAACUUUAUUACCUACCAUAUCAUUAGAGAAUGGUCCAAUUGAUCUGGGUAUAACAUGGCCAGAUGCUGUUGUAGAUGGACCAGUCUUUCAAAUGUCAAACAUGGAGCACUGGAUUCCAUCAUCAGAUGUUAGAUAUGAUUCUAUUGAAAACUCAUUCAAAAUGGAGCAGUAUGAUACAGAGGUCACAAUACAGAGUCCUCUUCCAUUAUCAUUAGAUAUUUGUCAUUUUGAAGUAGUUAUUAAAGAAGUGUCUGAUGAAGGAACAGUACCUUCCAUAGCAUUAUCUAGUUGUAGUCCAAUCAAACCAGCUCCUACUAGUAGUUUACUUCGUGAUUUCUUACGUUGGAAUUCUUCAGGUGUUUUACAGAAGAAUGACAGGUUAGGAUGGGGUAUAAAUUAUUUACCUAUGGAGAAAGAGAAAAAAGAUUUUGAUCCAUUAGCUGAACAACUGGUACUAUGUUAUAUAACUGUUAAUACUACUGUAGCUCAUAAACAAAUCUUUCUACAACCUGAAGGUGGAUUUUAUCCGUUAGUGAUUUUAAAAGAUACAGAUGUUCCCUUGAGUAUGUUUAGAAUGUCACAAGAUAUGGAUCUUACAAUCAGUAAACAAAUGUGCAGAUUACGUCUUCCACAAGAUUCAAUGGGUAUCCAUGCUGUACAAUUCUUGAAGCCUCUUACAGAAAUACAGAAUAGUUUCUUCAUAGAAGUUCAGUCUUUAAAUGAAGAUUCAUUUGUUGGUAUAGGUGUUGCUGGUUUAGAUUUUCCUGAUAAAAAACAACCUGGUAAAGUGAAGAAGUCUGUAGGUUGGUUAUCAAGAGACGGCAAAUUAUAUUUCAAUGGAAGAAGUGAAAGUUAUAUUAGUGGAGAAAGAUAUAUGGCUGGUGACACCGUUCAAGUUAGAUUAGAAUAUUUUGGAGAAACAUCAGUCAUAUCAUUUAGUAAAAAUAAUCAUAUGAUUGGUUGUCGUUAUUUAAAUCAACCUGACCAUUCUCAGUUAUUACCAACUAUAACAUUAUGUGGUAAUGGUUAUCAAGUUGUUAUUGAUGUUUGUUGGCAAAAUCAAAAUACAGCUACACCUAAAGCUCCUAUUGAUAAUGUUGAAAGUUGGUGUCUUCCACCUGGCUCCCAUGUUGAUAAUAAAAGUGACAAAAUUUUUGUUAAGGAUCAUUCUUCACCUGUAGCCAUUCAAGCUCCAAUAGGCUUAAAUAAAGAUUUUAACCAUUUUGAAGUGAUUAUACCACAUACACCUCAACCAUCUAAAUCUUCACCAAUAAUUGGAUUAACAACACCCAGUCCAUUUGAUCCACCAUCAAUAUCCAAUUUUAAGCAAGAUUUAAUACGUUACUCUGGAGCUACUAAUGAUGGUGCAAGUAUUAAACAUGGGGAUAGAAUAGGAUGGGGUAUACUUUAUCUUGAUAAAUCAGUAAAAUCAUUUGAUGAACAGCUUGUUAUAGUGUAUUUAACUAUAAAUAGAGAUGUUCAACUAGCUCGAGUUAUUUAUCAACCAGCAGGUGGUUUUUAUCCUUUAAUACUUUUACCGCCAUCAGUGAAUUGUAUACAAUUAGAUUUUUGUGCCACCAUAAUAAAAGACCAUCCAUUCACUGAUGAUAUGUUGGAACUGUUAAUUAGUGAAGCUUUAGAUUUGUUAGAAAAAGAAGAUGUAUUAAUUGCACGUGGUGAAGACAUUGAACCAAUGAAUUUGUUUAGAUCAUUACACGAUUUAGAAACUGAAAGAAAAUCACCUCAACAUUUCAGAAAACGUGAAACUAAAGGUAUAGAGGACCAUAAUAGUGCUAAACUCAAAUCUCAGGAACGCAAAUCUUUGUCAAAAAAAGUGACUGGUGAAAGACAGCCCAAGAAGGGAAAACAUAAACGAGAUACAUUUGUUAAAGGGGAUGAAUUACAUUCUAAAAGUUGUACUAUUCUAUGA